AUGUUGCUCGAGAAUGUUUCUCUGAGAAAGCCUUGUGAAGAGAAGUGUGCAUCGGACGUAACCACAUCAAGACCAACUGACAAUCAGACGUAUUCGGAGCUGAGUAAGACGGCAUUCUUUUCAAAUCAGAGCGAGGAUGGUUACUACGAGAAAGCUCUGGAAGAGAAAGCCUCAGACAGGAUCGCCUUCAGCGAACUCACCUCGAAAAGUCACAUCACGAAAUCUAGCACGCCAAAAUCUAAAGCUGCCUCAAUGGCAUGUGCUGUCGAAGAAAGUGAGAAUAUGACGGCUUCAAAAAGCGAAAAACUUCCGGAAGGAAAGCUCCCAGAAGAUACUCGCAGUGGCACAACAUCGCAGGAGAGUACCCUCGAUACCCGCAACAAGGAGACGGGAGAAGUCAGCGGCAAGAGCAGAGGGACAUCAAAACCAAUUGAAAGCAUUGGUACCAUGAGCGAAGAACUGCUACCCGUUCUUCAAAAAAGAACUGUGUCCGAAAAUGCGAAAUUAGCACGCUCCACAUAUUCAUCCAUACCCCAGCUGUCUGUCAUUUUCUCUGAAGAAGAAGGAAGCGCUACGGAAGGCGAAGAGAGUUCCUCCGCGAUGUUCUGUUUGUCCAUUUCAAACACUGUAAAAGUUGCUGAAACCUUUGUUAUCAUGACGCCUCAACCUCAGCAGAUUUCACCUGCUCAGCCAAGGAGUGGGGUUUCGGAUGAGAAGGAAACUACUUCGAAGUCGAUCAAAGCGGAUGAGCAACAAGCCAAACAAGUUCAGGAAUCGUCCCUCCAAAAGAAGGAAGUGGCUAAGAAAUCGAAGCCUUCAAAUGUCAAAUAUUUAUCAGACGAGACAGAGAAAUUACUCAAGAAGAAGGCCAAAAUGUCUGAAAAAUAUCUGAAAGGUAGUGAGAAUGACUUUGGCGACCAAAGCACUGAUCAGAUGGCGGAUUUCGGAACGGACUCAGAUGCGACCAUGGAACAAUCCGACAAUGAGAUCUCACGAAAGGUUGCAGUCCAAGAGCGUCUUCAAGCUGACUUCUUCAGCAGACAUCUUGAUCAUAAGCUUAUUCAGGAUAUUCGAAAUACGACGCAUUUGAACAUGAAUUUGAAGCAGCCGAGAUCACCACUUCAGUCGCGGAUGUGUGCGUUUCCAGCGGACAGACAGCAAGGUUUGAUCGCUUCAUUACAAGGGAAGAUGUGCGGUUACCCGAUUCCGGAGAUGAUUUGGUUGAAAAAUGGAGUAGAAAUUAAUCCCGCGCUCCAUCCCGAGAAAUACAGCAUUGACGUUCAACCCGGUAUGGCACACGAAAAAGUUUCUUUUGUUCAGGUUGUCGAGCGGGCAAAUCCGAAUGCUCCCAGGCUGACACAGCAACUGGUUGCGCCACAUUUCGACAGUAUUCUCUCUGACCACGAUGCAGUUGAGGGUGAGAAAGUCGUGAUGAUGGUCACAACUCAAGGAGCACCACCUCCAGAUGUACGCUUCUAUCGCGACGGAAAGCUGAUCUCUGACAGCGACAAGUAUGAGAUCCGUCACGAACCAGAGCCCAUCUACAAGCACUGGCUGAUUCUGAAGAACGCUAAGAAGACGGAAGAAGCAGAAUACGCUUGUCAAGCAGUGAAUCCCGCUGGAGAGGCUUGGUGUUACUCUGAUUUGAUAGUGCGACCUUUAGAUAAGGAUUCCUCAUCAAAUGAAGUGGAGAAAGCAGAAAAUAUUGCACUCGUGCGGUCUGAAGAGAAGAAUGAGGCAAUAGAGGAGUCGACAUCGAGAUCGCCACCUUCUCGACAAGUAGCCGAGGUAAAGCAUUUUCCGUUGGAUCCAAAGCAGCUAUUGAGAGCGCUGAACGAGAAAAGAUCGAAGAGAAAGACGACAGCAGCCAGAAAGAAGCAAAGGAACCAGAAGAAAGAGGCUGCAGCCGUGAAAGAAACAGCUCCAGAAAAGUCGGUGCAGUCUUCAGAAGCCUCCUGA